CGACGCCGCUGACACCUAGCCCCACCUCACAUGAACUUCUCCUUCCCAUGUCCGGGCCCGAGCCCCCCAAAACCCAAGUCCAACCCCCGCAGCCAUGGCCAUGGAGCGACCCGUGCAGCUUGUGCUGGAUGCGUCCCUCCUUCUCGAACCUUCCGAUCCCGUCGGAAGCGGCGGUACAGAUGAGGCGCCGCCAGCGCUGCGGCGUGGGGUGGAAGCGCUGCUGCGGCGGCUGCGCUACUCCAAUCUGGGAGUGGCAAUUUGCCAUCCGGAGGAAAUGCCAACAAAUGCGUCAGGCUUUCUUGAAAAGACAGCAGCCAUUUACUCGUUUGGAUAUAUAUUACUUCCUGCUCCAACUGGGAACCAUUCACUGAAUGAAUUGAUGUUAGAAUGGAGCAGAACGAGUUCUUGUUUUUAUGCUACUUCCAUCGUUGAUGAAGAUCUAUUUUCUGAACUUCAGAAUAAUGGUUGGAGAGUUAUUGCUGUAGAUAAUCAAUGUGGCACGAAGGGUUCUGGAGUUGUAAAUGUUGGGAAAAUUCAGGAGUUGCUUCUCACUUUGACUGCUUUAAUAAAAAAGGAAAUAGCUAGCUCAUCGGUUUUGACAGUCGGCUAUGCAAUGAAACAAUCCCGCGAGGAAGACUUUGCCAAGAGAGGAGCAUUCCCCCUUUACCCAAGUAAAAAUGGGCUUAUCUUUGUUCCACUGUCAUUUGAAAUUCCUUUAGCUUCUCAACUUCAAGAGGUUGAUAUAGCCCUCCACAAAAUGACUGAUGAGAUCAUUAACAUUGAUCCAAACUGCUCCAUCGAUUUUCCAAAAGGGAUUUCAUUUUCUGGAGGAAUGUCUGAAAUUAUAAGGUUUGUGGAAGAGCACCCCAGUUUUUGCAUCAUAGAUCCAUUCAAGAAUAUUUCCCCAUUGCUGGAUCGUCUUCAAAUUCAAGAAAUUUUAGUUAAAUUGCAAGAAUUUUGCAUUGAAGGAAGGCCCAAACUCCGAGCACCACAAUCUUUAAAGGUGAAAAACUUUGAUGCCGUUGACUUACAGAAACGAUUAGCAGAAGCUAAUUUAUUAUUUCCGAUCAUUGUGAAGCCACAAGUCGCGUGUGGAGUUUCUGAUGCACACAAUAUGGCUUUAGUUUUCCAAAUUGGAGAGUUUAGCAACCUUAGUGUGCCUCUUCCAGCUAUUCUACAGGAAUACAUUGAUCAUGGAUCCAAAAUAUUUAAAUUCUAUGUUAUUGGAGACAAGGUCUUCCAUGCCAUCAAGAAUUCGAUGCCCAAUGCAAGUUCUCUGAAAUUGUCAUCAGGAGAUGAACCUCUCACGUUUAAUAGCCUGAAGACACUUCCAGUGGCUACUAAGGAGCAGGUACUGCAAACCAGGGUAGAAGAUGGCAAAUCUUUGGAUAUUAAUUUAGUAGAAGAGGCUGCAAAAUUGCUGAAGGACUCACUUAGACUUACAAUUUUUGGAUUUGAUGUUGUGGUCCAAGAGGGCAGCGGAGAUCAUGUCAUAGUGGACCUAAACUAUCUUCCUUCGUUCAAAGAAGUUCCUGACUCAGAGGCGAUGCCUGCAUUUUGGGAUGCAAUCAGGCAGUCAUAUGAGUCAAAGAAAGGGAAGAUCGCGUGGAGCUCCAGGGAAAGUUUCAGGAUUGCCGGCCCAUUUGAGUAUUCAGGCAAGCUUCUGCCACAAAUGGAUCGCGUGAAGAAGGUCCCUGGCAUGUCGAGGGGCGCGUCCGCGGCUCCGGUCUGGGAAGAAAGAGACGAGAGCUUGGUUCUCUUUGGGGAGCUGUACAGGCAUGACCAAGAGGAGGAUGUUAAUCUCCUUGAGCCAAUGUACUCAGUGGAGUUUGAAGCUAUCCAAGGAGACCGCCGGUUGUUCAAACUAGCGUCAGGGAAGAAAGAUUACCUCCUGACAGAUGGUGAAAAGAAUGAUUACGACUGGCUCAAGACUCCUCCAGCCACCCCACUGUUCCGUUCCCUUGAGAUGGAAGCUGAUUCCCCGCAAAUGGUUUUUCAGAGGGAGCUGCCUCUCCUUCAGCCAGUUAAAACUUCAAGGUUCUCAAAAAAGCCAGAGACGGCCAGUAUUACAUCAACUAGGUCUGAAUCUCCCACAACUUCCAGCUCCUCAAAGUCUGCCACUCCAACAGCGAGACCGAGCUCUUCAUCAAAGAAGCACCUAACCACCAGAGGAUUCCCUGCCUUCUCCAAAGAAGAGACCUCAGCUUACAAAAUAGAAAAGAGAUCAAGCUACACACCUCUGGGAAACAGGCAGCACAAUGCAGUGGCAGUUCCUACGACAGACAGCAAAUCAACUAAGAAAAUCUCAGGCAAGAAGCCCACAGUCCCAGGAAGCACAAAUGCAGAAAAGAACAUCGCCGCCAAGCCGCCGAUGAAGAACAUUGCAGCGGCUGUGCGGAAAGCUCGGACCAAGGAAGGUGCAAAGGAUCUGAAGGUGGCUGCUGGCAAUGGUGGCGCCACAAGAAGAAAGCCAUGUCCACCUGCUGCAGCAACGGCUACUGACAACCGUGAGCUCAAUGCAGUGCCGGCAAGAGGAAGGAGCAGAGGAAGCAGUGAGCCUGCUACCGGUGAUGCCCAUGCCGCCGAGGCAGCUGUGGAGAAAGGAAGGAGAAGAGCUGGCGGGGAGAAAGAGAAGCAGAGGCAGGAAAAGCUUGGAAGCCAUGCAAAGAAGUUGGUAGGGUAGCUGCCCAGGCAUUCAGCAUACAUCAUUCUGGCUUCAGUUUUCAUUUUUCAGGAAGGAUAUAGUAACAUUUGAUUCGGAAAGAAAGUUGCUCUAAUUUAUCCAAAGUAUACUUAAUUUGAAUAUCUGUUCAUAGUUUGUAAUAUAGAUUUUUGCCAUGUUGUUGAAUGAACAAUCUUCAUGCUGAGGAGCAGACCUGUCAUGUAAAUAUACAUUUCGCUCAAGCAGUGUAAUCUUUCAUACAUUCAGUAAACAAA